AUGAACAUCCAAGAGCCGUCCACGAGGGGCUUCAACCUUCCCGGCAUGCGUCGCACCAACACGAGGAAACAAGACAUCAACCACACGCCUCGAUCCCGACUUCUGGACUUCCUGCCGAAUACCCUUCGCAACCACAUCAUCGCCGGGGUGGGCGAGGCCUUCGGGACCGCUGCUUUCCUGUUCCUGGCAUUUAGCGGCACCCAAGUGGCCAAUGCAGCGGCGGAAGCUCAGAAGCAGGCCGGCGGAAGUCAACACAGCAUCCCUACUGCCCCCGAUGCCUCGUCACUCAUGUUCAUCUCGCUCUCAUUCGGCUUCAGCCUUGCCGUCACCGCGUGGGUCUUCUUCCGAAUCUCCGGCGGCUUGUUCAAUCCCGCAGUGACUCUCGGGAUGGCUUUGAUCGGAGCGGUGACGUGGGUGCGCGCCCUCGUCGCUCUCAUUUCUCAACUGUUUGGUGCAAUGGCGGCGGCAGGAAUCGUGCGGGCCCUCUUCCCGGGCACCUUUGCCGUCACAACCACGCUUGGGAACGGCGUUUCCGUUGUGCGCGGCCUCUUCAUCGAGGCGCUUUUGACCGCGGUGCUCGUGUUCACCAUCUUUAUGCUGGCGGCGGAGAAGCAUAAGGGGACGUUCAUCGCACCUAUCGGCAUCGGACUUGCGCUGUUCGUGUGUGAGCUGAGUGGGGUCUUUUUCACUGGAGGCUCUCUCAACCCCGCGCGCUCUUUCGGCCCGUGCGUGGCCCUCGGUCACUUCCCACACUAUCAUUGGAUCUACUGGGUCGGCCCCGGCCUCGGAUCAUUACUUGCCGUCGCUCUGUACCGAUUCCUCAAGCUCCUCGAGUACGAGACGGCGAACCCGGGCCAAGAUUUCGAUGAAAAGGAAGCGGAAGUUUUGGAUGUGGACGAAGAACAUGCGUACACGGCGAAGGAUGUCGCGAGACCUGAUGCCCUAGAGAUUUCUCGCUCACGGAGCGCCCACCCGAAUUUCGCUCAAGGGGGAGGGGGCAAGGAUAUCUCUCUGCCGCAAGUGAAUGCCGUAUGCCGGGGGCCCUUCACUUGA